AUGGCAAUGGCAAGAUUGUCGACAUGUGUCACGAACCUAUCUUCGGAUUCCUCGGGCAGGGACCGAUUUGCCUGCUUCUUGUUCACAUCAUGGAGCACACGCGGGGCCCCGGAUACUUCCGGAAUGAAUCAUUCCAUGCUGAAGACUGUGAAAGAUAAAAAAGAGAAUCAUCCCGAAGCUCCUCUGGCAGAAGAUGCUGAUACAACUCCUGACACUGUUGGUGAUGAGUGGUGUGUUACAGCCGUCUCAGCCCUGAGGCUAUCAAGUAGUGAAAGGGAAUCUUCUCCAUACAAAUCCCAGGACACCAGCCUGGCUCUUAACCGCCCUCACUUUCCUGAGUCAGUUGGAGAGGAUGAACUAAAAGGUCUGAGGAGAAGUUCCUGCCUAAACAAUGAAGGAAGAAGAAAACCCCCAAGGAGGACCUUUUAA